AUGAGUGUUCCUCAAAACUCCUUGCAGAAACGUCGAGAACAUCCGUCAAAAGGACCCGAACACAAAGUCUUAAGGAAAAUAGCCUCCACACUGCUGAACUUGGAUUUUUCGGCUUUGCGGACUCUACAAGAGCACGAGAAGUCCAAAGAUUACCAAACGAUUUUCGUGGAUUUCACUGCAGGCAAUCUCGCCAACAUCAAGCAUGACGACCGUUUGCAAUCUAUUUCCCGCGCAAUACGCCGUCAUGUGGCAAGGCUCUCCAAAAAGGACCUUUAUGAGAUAGUAUCGAAGCCCUUCAAAAGUGACUUUUAUCGUGAGAUGAUUUACCUGGGGAUUCAGGCUUUUGAGGAUGCUUUGGAAUACGAGAAAUACGAGCUGAUGGACAUACUGAUGUUCGGUGAUCCGCCCCCGGUUCCUUCGGAAGCAGUCCACGAACAGUUAUGCGAUAUUUUGCAUUUGUCACGAAGCUUAUACAACCAAAUCAAAGAUGCGGCCGCUAGUGGCUAUCUUCGAAAAUCAAUCCCUGUACUCAAGGAGGGAUUGCGAAGUAUCGACGAGGACAUCGAAGACUUGUGCUCAACUUUAGGUGUUCAGCACGAACCACUGGUGUACUUAGAUGACACUGAUGAGAGGUGA